AGAACAAUCGCUGGAGUGUGGCAUAUGUGAAGGGAAUUUUCAUUCUGUGGAUCUUAAAUUUUUUGACUAAUGCCAUUAAAUCUAAAAGCUUUAGUAUUGCAUCUAAAAGCUUAGGUCGUCAGACAAGACAUGAUCUAUGUGAUUUAGAUUCUUAACACUCCUUAUCCGGGUCCUAGAUUAGUGUGAAUUUAAGACCUUAUGCUCUGAUACUUUUCCCUUUUUUUUUUUUUGUCAAAGUCAUUGCAUCUAAAAGCUUUAGUUAUUAGAUGAAUCAUUUGUUGAAUUAUAUUCUUAAUGGUGGAAGUAAUUCAUGGUGUUUGUAAAUGGUGGCUUAUGAAUUUAUCUUUUCAUAAUGUUAAAGAAAAAACAAUGACUUGAUUGAAGCACUCUACUUUUUGUCUUUUUUUUUUCUUUUUUGGGUUAUUGGUCUUUUUUUUUUCUUUUUUGGGUUAUUGGUCAUUUAGGAGAGUGGUGUACACUGGAAUUCAUCUACAAAUAUAUUUUCGACUUAAAUAAAGAUGUCCUUGAUUGAUUACGGACCUGUUUAUACUGUAAGGACCUAUUUUGAAUUGUUUAUAAGGACUUAUUUGUAAAUAUGAGGGUAUAUUUAUAAAUUUAGAUAAUUACAAGGACAAAAUUGUAAAACAUACAAAAAAAUAAUAAAAAGGGGUUUCUUCCACCACCUCUUACCUCCAUGCCUUCAGCCUAAAGGAACCAAAGGAGGCUGCAAUCGGUGGAGACGAAAAAGGGAGAAGAGAGAAGAAGAAAAAGAAGGGGAAGUGGUUUGACUUAGGGUUUUUGGAUCCAUUCCUCUUAUUUGGGAACAAACUCUUCUAAGGAAGCUAGAAUGACGAGGCCAUCGGGUUCUUCGACUGCAUCUUCUUCUGAUCAGUUGAGUGAGAUUAUGAGAACUCUUGAGACUAUGUUAAAUGUGAUGCAACAACUUCAACAAGAAAGAAAUUGUGGAGCAAAGACCUCAAAUCAGACUGGAUUGGGAAUAGAACAAUUUAAGAAACUUAGUCCUCCCAGUUUCAGUGGUGAACCUGAUCCAAUGGUGGCAGAACAAUGGAUGAUGCAAAUGGAGAAAAUAUUUGAUGUCUUAAAUUUCUCUGAUGAUCAAAAGGUUUCUUUUGCCACCUUUAUGUUGGAAGGAGAGGCUGAGUACUGGUGGAAAACAAUAAGGAGAAUUUCUGAAAUUAGACAUGAGCAUAUCACUUGGAAGGUAUUUGUAGAAAAGUUUAAUGAAAAGUACUUCUCAGAUUAUAUUAAAGAGCAGAAAGAAUUAGAGUUUUUAAAUCUUGUUCAAGGAAAUUUGACAGUAGCAAAAUAUGAAGCUAAAUUUAUUGAGCUUUCCAGAUUUGCUACUUAUAUAACUGAUGAUGAAUCUAGAAAGGCAAAGAGAUUUGAAAGGGGACUAAAGCCAGCAAUAAGGAGUUGGAUAUCAGUCUUAAAGCUUCAAACAUAUGCUGAUGUGGUAGAAAGAGCUAUGAUAAUCGAAAAAGACAUAGAAGAGAUUCAGGAGAUCAGGGGCAAGAAUGACAAAGACAAGUUUACUAACAAAAAUAAGAGAGGAAAGGAAUCAAAAAAUGGUAAUAAGAGGAUCAAGACAACUAGAUUUGAGAAAGAGAAGCCACCACAAAGGACUCGGUCAUGUGUAAAAUGCAGGUUAAAUCAUGAAACAAGUCAGUGUUUUCGAGUGAUUGGAGCUUGUUUUGCCUGUGGGAAGUUGGAUCAUAAAAUAAAAUAUUGUCCUCUGAACGAGAAGAAAGAGCCACUGCCUCCUGCAUCAUCAACCCGUACUAGAGUGUCUGCUAUCGCUGAACAGGAUUUCAAAGCUUCUAAGUCAAUGGUUGAAGUUGUGCAGAGAAUGGAUACAUCCAGUCCUGCAGUUCUUGUUAAAGCAGAGAUCCUAAAAAUGCCUUGGGAACAGAGAUUUUGAGGUGUGAUUCAAGUGUUCUCAAGCCAUACUGGGUCAAUCAGGGCAAUCCACUUCUGGGCAUCAGCUAACAGUGAAGGACUCUCAGGCCUUUCCUCUUAUCACAUUUAGUGGGGGUCAGUGGUCUUGCUAAUGGCAAUCAAUCAGUUUGUGCCAUCAUAUGUACUUAUAAAGAAGUCUUUCUUUUGUUGUUUUCUGGUGUAAUGAGUGCUUAUUCGUAGGCAGCUUAUACAAGGCAUAAAAGAGUAUUGUUAGUAAAAUAUGUUUUUUGUCUGUGAGAGAAAAAGUGUUGUCAAUGUUUUGUCUCGUAAAACAUGCAAGCGUUUGGGACAGAAUUGUUUCUUACGCAGAAGAAAAUAUUGAAACAGUCACGUCUUCA